CCAAUCUUUUCCCCUUUCGAGAACCAAAGCUUCGCACCUAUUCGCUCUUCGAUUUUUCUUCAUUUCAGGUAAAAUUUUCAGACACUCUCUUUAAUUUCAAUUCGUAAUUACCCUAAUAAUGAAUCCCCAAAUGCGUAAUUUCCCUAUUUUUAUUCAAUCACCAGAGCUUCAGAUCCCCACCCAUGUUCUAAAUUUCGAAAACCCUAACCCUAAUUUCACUUUGUAAAACUUCAAAUCCAAUUUAAUGGACAAAAUCCAGAAAUCAUUAGGCUCAAUUAAGGAUAACUCUAUCUAUUUUACAUUCAAUGGUCAAUCCACUAAGGAUUCAACUCUAUUAAAUGGUUCUGGGAUUAGCCCAUUUUCCACUUUAGUCCUCCGCCUUCGCCUCCGUGGUGGGGGUGGAGAUGGCGGUGCCACAAAGGCAGAGUCCCGGGACUGUUAUCUUAAGAUAUAUGUAACAAAGAAACUCGAUAAAAUUGACUCGAAUGAAAUUAGGUUGUCGAAAUGGUUGAAUUGUGCUUUGUCUAAUGAGCCGUUGAAGCAUCAUGUUGUUGUUGACAAGCUUGGGUACAUAAAGGGGUCGAAAGAUAUGAUUCUGGUUGAGCUGUCGGUGAUUCGAGGGAAAGAGGAUAGAGGGGUUGGUGAUGGUGAGGGAACCGGGUUUCAGUGCUCGAUAACUGGGUUGGAGUUCAAUGAAAAGUACAAUUUCUUUGCUUUGAGGGGUUGUGGACAUGUUUUGAGUGCUAAAGCUUUGAAGGAAGUGAAAUCCUCGGGUUGUUUGGUUUGCUACAAGGAGUUUGUUGAGAGUGACAAUCUUGUGAUUAACGGGAGCGAAGAAGAGGUUGCGGCUUUGAGGGAUAGAAUGAAGGAUGAAAGAGUGAAAUUGAAGGAUAAUACGAAGGUGGAGAAAGGGAAGAAUGAGGACGUAGUCGUUAAUGAUGAAUAGGCAUUGGAGGUGCCACUCUUGAGUGGGAUGAAAUAUGGGAUUGAGGAUAAGCUAUGAGAAAAGGAUGCGAGGAAAGUGGAAGGGAAAACUAAAGUUGGCAUUAACAGUAAGAUUGAAGUGAAGGAUGUGAAGAAUAGUGCAAGUAAUGGGUUUGGGAAGCGGUAUAAGGCUGUUGAUAUAGCUCCAGCUCAUGCUACAAAGAAAAUCUAUGCCUCUAUUUUCACUUCUUCAAGAAAGACUGACUUCAAUGAGUCUUAAUCUUGCAGAUCUUUGCCACUUGGAAGAAACUGAUCAGCUACUUCUUUUGAGGUGUUAUGCUAGUGUAUUGGACUGAUUUUAUUGUCUUAGAAUGUUGUUUUGUGAAAUAUAGUUACAUGCUAGACCAAUAUGUCGUAGAUGUUACCUCCUGCCAUUUGAUUCAGUUGGUACUUUAUUGGUGUAACAUAACAUUUGUGAUUGUAAAUUUGACAUUUCUUUUGAUUUCUGGUUAAAACAUUAUAGUAACUUUAUGUUCA